GCUGCUGCAGUUUACAUUGCGUUGUCUUUGCGUGAGGACGUGCGUAGAUCUUGUUUUUCCCAUUCCCAUUACGAGCGUGCUUUUUCCGUCGUGCGUCGGAAUUGCACGGAAUAAAAAUAAUAAAACCCAGAACCAGAACCUUAAUCCGAUUCCGAGUCCAAGCUGAAGCGAACAGACAGACCGCAGACAGCAGAAAAUUGCGAGAAUUCGACUGCUUCAUUGUGUUUCUAAAAUUGCAUUCAAAGACCUGAAAUCUAAAAAAAAAAGCACAGGACCCACCAAGAUCCGGCCGGGGAUCGACAAUAGCUGUCCUCUGUUACUGUGUGCGAUGCUGUUGCUUCCUGUGUCCGUGCCAAUGAGUGUGUGCGUGUGUGUGUGCAGUCACGUGUUCUAAGGUGAUUUUAACGAGUUCCGUGAUACGCGAAAUGAGAUAAGAAAUAAGCGGAGCCAAGGAGGAGAACAGAGAGAGGAAGAGAGAACAGCGCAAAAGAAAUCCCCUUGCCCCUGGCCAAACACACAGGAUACCCGCUCGUUGGCGUUAGCUGUCGCCUCGCUGCCUCUUAAAGGAUUCGAGGACAAAUCACCCGAAAAUUGCAUAAAACAUAAAGCAAAAUUGUUUGGAAAACUGUGCAGAAAAAAGAAAACCAGAAACAACGGGAAAACAAAAAGAUAAAACAGAAAAAAUCUGCGACUUUUUAUCAACGGCAAUUUAUUGAUCAACAAAAAAUAACAAAAUCUUAAUCAAAUACAUUAGAAAUAUAUGAUCUGAAGAAAAUAAAAGUGAAUUUUUCACCAUGCGGUUUCCCCAAGUUGUCUAUCAAAUGGCCUUGACCACAAUCCUUCUAACAAUCACGAUAGAGCUAGCAAGUGCCCUAAGAGAUGUCCGGGUGCGAGUGCCACACGCAGUGCGGCGUGGAGAAAAGGGUAUUCUAAAAUGCUUCUACGACAUCGAGGACGACAGUCUGUACUCGGUGAAGUGGUAUAAAGGUAGACGCGAGUUCUACCGAUACACUCCCAAGGAGACGCCGCCCAUGAAGGUUUUUCACUUUCCGGGUGUUAAAGUGCGUCGCGUAUCCUCGAACGAGAGCCAAGUGGUGCUGGAUGCGGUAACAAUGGCAACAUCCGGUAAAUACAGUUGCGAAGUUUCGGCGGAUGCGCCCUCAUUUCAUACAUUAAUAGCGGCUGCCGAAUUGGAGGUUAUUGAGACACCGCACAAUGCGCCAUUCAUAACGGGAAUACGUUCCCGAUACCGGGUCGGCGACAUAUUGCGAGGUAAUUGCACAUCGCGACACUCCCGGCCCGCGGCCAAUCUCACAUGGACAGUGAAUAAUGAAGAGGUGAAUCCCUCGCACGUGCGGCAUCACAAAAUCGUUGUGGAGACUCGCAACGAUAUGCAGACCUCCAUUGUGGGCAUCCACUUCGUGGUCACCGAUCAGCACUUCGACAACGGCAAGCUAAAGCUCCGGUGCAGUGCCCAGCUGCACGACGUGUACUGGAAGACCACCGAGAAGACCAUCCUCGAGGCGGAUCCAUUUACCAAGUACGGCAGCGGAGGGGCCAGCGGGAACCGCGUCAGCCCCGACGAGUUCUACGACCAGUACACGCACGAAGACGAGCAGUUCCACAGCAAGAAGAACAGCUAUCUGACACAGCUGCAGGACUUUCUCUUUCAUUCCUCAGGCGAAGAAGACGACGGAGCCGAAGGAGCGGAGGAUGGUGGCGCCGCCUGGCGGGGCGUGGGCUCGGGCUCAUCCAGCUGCUGUCCGAGUCAAUCUUUGGCAGUCAGUGGAUCGCUGCUGGCGGUGCUCGGCUGGACGCUAGGCAGGCAAUUAGUGUCGCAGUUGCAGGCGCUAACAAGCGGCGCCGGCAUUGCAGCGAGUGGCACAACCAGCAGCAACAGAAGGUGCACCAGCCACCGGACACAUUCCGGACACAUGCGGGUCAGCGCCACAAAGCAACGGCAGCGGCGGGUUCAUGGCCUCCGGGCGUCCGACUGCAGCUGGAGAGGAUGCACAAUCGGCAGGACCAACGACAGCAACAACAGCAGCAGCAGUUGCAUCAGGCAAUUAACAUGAUUCAAUUGUCAUGCAACUCUUGUGCCACAUGAUGGGGAGGGGGAGAUGAACGGUAUGCGAGAGUAGGGAGCGCGUUGGAAGGAGAGCUGUAGCAAUACAUAUACCCGUAGAGAUGCCAGAAUGCGCAGAGCAGAGCAAAUGCGAUGCUGAGGAGGUUAGAGAUGUGAGAGUUCAGCCCUAGGCCAAGACCCAGAAGCAAAAGCAACCACUGCAAAAUGUAUCUAAAAUAUUUACACAUUCAUACACUAAAAACACAAGACACUCGUUUCAGCUAGCUCAAAGUAACUUCGAAUGCAUUUAUGGGAUACAACAAAAAAAAAAGAUAUAAAGACACACAAAAGCGACCCAUUAUAAAAUAUGGGAGCUAUUUCAUAAAAAAUGCAGCGAUAUAUUUGUUCAUUUCUUCAAGAGACAAAAGGGGAAUUGAAGAGGUGUUUCCAAAAGGGGUUCCCAAAAACCGUAUCGAGUCCUUUUUGGAACCACAUCAAAACCGCUCCAUUUCAUCAAAUGAUGAAGAAAAAACGGAAAAUGUUGUGCUAAGCUUUUCACUUUCAGUUCUCUAUAAAAAUAUAUUUAUAUAUCAAAGUCAAGAUUAUUUAUAAUUGAUAUAAAUGAUAUUUAUAUAUAUGUAUGUAUAUGUGCUAUAUAAAUUUAUAUAUAUAUAAAUGUAAUACCAAAAUAAUGGAGGAUCCACAAAGACAAAAACGAAUUAAGAGGAUUGGCAAAGGGCAGAAGAGCAAUUAGAUUGUAAGUCUUAAUAUUGCCUAUAAGUCUAUAAAAAAAAAAACAUAUAUAGUAUGUAUUGUACUUGUAUAUAAUAUAUAAAUGAAACGAAAACCAAAAAUCGAGAUAUGUAUGAAAUAAGUAUUUACGGUAGAUAAUCAAAAUAAAAACCAAAA